GCAAUAACCAGUUCGAUCCAAAGACUUGACCUUUCGCGUGAUCCAAGAAAAACACUAAGAAAACUCCGCUCACAUAAAUUCACUUUAUCAAAUUCUCUACCAUAUAUAUUCAUGUUUUUACCAUCAUGUUAUUCAUUAUGGAUAAUGUCCGUCCCUAUCUUAUUCAAACUUUUCUUACCAACAAUCUAUACGAUUUCAAUUUUGAUACCGAUAACGAGUCAAUUCGUAUUACCCGCCACACCUAUUUUCUGUUGGUUAUUAACUUUUUUCUCUGCUAGGUUCAUACCAUCAAGUCAUCGACCUAAGAUUCACGUUGCAUUGUUACCUGCUUUGGAAAGUGUUUUUUACGGUGCGAACAUAUCAGAUUUACAAACGAGAUAUACAAAUUCGAUUUUAGAUGUGGUGGCUUGGGUACCUUAUGGUGUAAUGCAUUUCGCUUUACCUUUUGUCGUUGGAUUUGUUUUAUGGGUUUGGGGACCUAAAGGUUCGAUUCAAUUUUGGGGAAAAGCUUUUGGUUUCAUGAAUCUUUUAGGUGUUUUAACUCAAUUGGUUUUUCCUUGUGCCGCACCUUGGUACGAAAUUAUUCACGGUUUAACCCCCGCUUCAUAUUCCAUGCCCGGUUCCCCAGGUGGUUUAAUGCGAAUCGAUCGAGUAUUCCAUUCAUCAGGUUAUACAAACGCUUUCGGUUCAGCUCCACUAGUAUUUGGAGCUUUCCCAUCUCUUCAUUCCGGUUGUGCAGUUAUGGAAGCUUUGUUCCUAUCUCAUUUCUUUCCUACACCUCGAGCAAUAUAUUGGGGUUAUGUUGGAAUAUUAUGGUGGGCAACAAUGUAUUUAUCACAUCAUUAUUUGAUCGAUCUUACAGGUGGAGCAUGUUUGAGCGUAUUGGUAUUUUACUUGUUCAUGCCU